GCAUCAUGAAGCAGAGCAUGCCAACAUUUUAAACUCCAUGUGGAUGAUUGCCAUUACUUUUCUUUCCAUUGGCUAUGGAGAUAUUGUGCCUAACACAUACUGUGGACGGGGUAUAGCUCUGUGUGUGGGAGUGAUGGGAGCUGGUUGUACAGCUUUGGUUGUAGCUGUGAUUGCACGCAAGCUGGAGCUAAGCAGGGCAGAGAAGCAUGUUCAUUACUUUAUGAUGGACACACAACUUACCAAGAGGUUAAAGAACGCUGCAGCGAAUGUUCUACGAGAGACAUGGUUGAUAUACCGAUAUACCAAGCUUGUCAAGAAAGUCAAUGUAAGCAAAGUCCGGACACACCAGCGGAAAUUCUUGCAGGCCAUUCACAGUUUACGAAGUGUAAAGAUGGACCAGCGGAAGCUUACAGAGAAUCAAAGCACACUAGUGGAUAUGGCUAAG